AUGUCAAUUGCCACAUUACAGGUUUUCUUGCAAUAUUGCACUCGCAAUCUCUUUAAUGAUAAUACUCCUGCUAGGUGGACUGUGGUGUAUAGUUAUAAUAAACAAAAGGAAGAUUAUGAGGACAUGGUAAAGAUUCAGAAAGUUGAUGCUGAGGAGAGGAAGAAGAUGAGGGCGUUGGAAGCCGAAAUAGGGUGGAUUGAAGCUGGUGCUGAUGAUGAUACAGGUGGCAUACUUCUUUGUGGCCCUCUUGGAGUGGGAAAGACAUUGCUAGCAAAACUCGUAGCUGGUGAGGCAGGGGUUAAUUUCUUCUAUAUUUCUAUGUCACAAUUUAUGGAAAUAUAUGUUGGUGUUAGGGCUUUUCGUGCUCCAUCUAUUAUCUUCAUUGAUGAGUUGGAUGUUGUUAGAAGGAAGUGUGGCUUGAUUAAAGGUUCAAGUGGACAGGAACGUGAUAUUACUCUUAAUCAGGUUAAGCAUAACACCGUUGAACUUUCCGAUUGA